AUGGUGAUGAGAGAGAUGCGAAAGUCCUUCAAGGAUUCUCUCAAAGCUCUUGAAGCUGAUAUUCAAUUUGCCAAUACUCUAGCUUCUGAUUAUCCAAGAGGAAAUGAUGGAGUCUGCUUUCAAAUGAGACUGUCUUAUAGCCCAACUGCUCAGUUUCUUCUUUUUCUCGUUCAGUGGACUGAUUGCCAUCUCGCCGGAUUCUUAGGAUUGCUUAGAAUUCUCAUCUCCGAGGCAUAUGAUGAAGGGAAGAAAACCACCAUUUAUGAAAGAAAAGCUAGUCUAAAGGAGUUCUAUGGUGUGAUCUUUCCGUCUUUAUUACAACUCAAGGGAGGAAUCACUGAGGUGGAAGAGAGGAAACAAAAAGAUUUAUGCGCUACGAAGUACAAACUGAAAGAUGUGAUUAGAAAAGGAAAGCCAUCUGAAAUUGAUAUAGAGAGAGAAGAAGAAUGUCCUAUUUGUAUGGAGAUGAACAACAAAUUUGUGUUGCCAAAUUGCAACCAUUCUUUGUGUAUGAAAUGCUAUAAUGACUGGUACACAAGAUCUCGAUCAUGCCCUUUUUGCCGGGACAAUCUUAAGAGACUUAACUCUGGUGAGCUUUGGAUCUACUUGAGCAGCAGGGAGAUAAUUGAUUUGGAAUCAAUCAACAAGGAGAAUCUGAAAAGGUUAUUCAUGUACAUUGAUAAGUUGCCUCUGAUUUUGCCAGAUCAAAUAUUCAUGUCUUAUCCUCAAAGCUUUUGA